AUGCUGGCCUCAGGGCUGCUCCUGGUGACCUUGCCAGCCUGCCUGACUGUGAUGGUCUUGAUGUCUGUCUGGCAGCAGAGGAAGAGCAGGGGGAAGCUGCCUCCGGGACCCACCCCAUUGCCCUUCAUUGGAAACUACCUGCAGCUGAACACAGAGCAGAUGUAUAACUCCCUCAUGAAGGCUCUGGUGGACCAGGCUGAGGAGUUCAGCGGGCGAGGGGAGCAGGCCACCUUCGACUGGCUCUUCAAAGGCUAUGGUGAGGGGGUGCCCAAGAGGGGGACGCUUCUGUGCUUCUCCGUGUUUCUCCUCUCUCCGCUUCCCUCUCCCAUUUCUUCCUCUGUCUUAGGAUUUCAGGGCGUGGUGUUCAGCAACCGGGAGCGCGCCAAGCAGCUCCGGCGCUUUUCCAUCGCCACCCUGCGGGACUUCGGCGUGGGCAAGCGCGGCAUCGAGGAACGCAUCCAGGAGGAGGCGGGCUUCCUCAUCCAGGCCCUCCGGGGCACGCACGGCGCCAAUGUCGAUCCCACCUUCUUCCUGAGCCGCACCGUCUCCAAUGUCAUCAGCUCCAUUGUCUUUGGGGACCGCUUUGACUAUGAGGACAAAGAGUUCCUGUCACUGUUGGGCAUGAUGCUGGGAAGCUUCCAGUUCACAGCAACCUCCACGGGGCAGGUAACCGGCUGCAGCCCGGCCCGUGAUGCCCCUACCACAACCUGCCAACUGCUCUCCUACCUGGAGACAGGUGGCCCAAACUCCCACCUCCCUCCAGACAGUGUCCCCUCAAAAUCAGCCCCCAAUAUUGGACAACUGGACAGUUGCACCAGAACCCAGGAGGGAUGCCCAAUACCCAGUCUCCAAGGACACCUGGAUAGCUCAACAGAUGCUCCCCAAAACAGAGCCUGACGGCAGGAUGCAUACCCUCAGCUCAGCUCUCUCAUCUGGGCACGUGUUCCCAUCCCCAACUUACCGUAAUUUCUGACAGAUGCUCCCUACCCAGUUCUUCUGAAUAUUUUAACACUUGGACAAGUGACUGCGUCAACCCGCCUCCUGCAUACCUAACAGCUGGUGCUGCAAAAUCCAGCUCAUCAUAAUCAUUUCACAUCUACACAAAUGUCCCAGAUAAGCCCACUGGAAUAUCUGGCCAAGCGCCCUCUACUUGACCCAUUUAAAUACCUGAAAACAUGGACAGCUGCCCUAACCAACACCCU